UCCUCCAGAAAGUAGCCACAGUUUUAAACCUGAUGAUGUAAACCUCAAGGGGCAGAUUCCCGUCAGCAGCCAUGGAACAAAGGUAGCUGAAUGCUCGGGCAGCAAGCGGACGGAGGAGCCCGCCUCAGAUCGCACGACGAAGCCUUUAACAUCACCGACAUAGACGCUCAGCGUUCUUCCCGCCUUAAGACGCAACUAUUGGCUGGCGAUGACAUCACCGUUGGGCUUUCGAGACCACGACCGCUCCAGUUUGAGCGAGUACAAGGCGGAAGUUGCGAGCAACGCCCUUCGGCAACCGAUUUGGAAGCGCAGACGCGGAAGUUCGGGAGGGAGAGCGACUGGGAUGAUGGCUGCGGAGAGUUAUCCGAGGUCGUCCAUUGAGGACGAUUUCAAUUAUGGCACUAACGUCGCGACGGCUAGCGUACACAUCCGCUUGGCUUUUCUGCGCAAAGUCUAUAGCAUACUUUCAGUCCAGAUUUUUUUGACAACUGUGACCUCUGCAGCUUUUCUCUAUUCCACAACAAUUCGGACAUUUGUACAUGAAAGCCCUGCUUUACUUUUGAUGGCCUUGCUUGGUUCUUUGGCUCUGAUUGUGGCUUUAACUCUAUACAGACAUCAGUAUCCAGUUAAUUUAUAUCUUCUCUUUGGAUUUACAUUUUUAGAAGCACUGACUGUUGCUAUUACAGUGACUUUCUAUGAAGUAUCAAUUGUGUUACAAGCCUUUAUUCUCACAACAACUGUGUUUUUGGCCCUUACUGUGUACACAUUGCAAUCCAAACGGGAUUUCAGCAAAGCUGGAGCGGGGCUCUUUACUUGCUUGUGGAUUCUUCUCCUGACGAGCAUUUUAAAGUUCUUUUUCAAUAAUGAAGUAGUAGAGCUGGUAUUUGCUGCUGCAGGAGCACUUCUGUUCUGUGGAUUUAUCAUCUACGACACUCAUCUAUUAAUGCACAAACUCUCUCCGGAAGAAUAUAUAUUGGCUGCAAUCAAUCUUUAUUUGGACAUCAUCAAUCUGUUUUUGCACCUGCUCCGUUUGCUAGAAGCAUUUAAUAAAAAGUAAUUGGGAGUGUUAAUUCAAAUUUGAGAUAAUUUAUAUGCAGUAUCUAAAGAGUUAAUUAAGACCUAGAAAAUCUGCAGUCUGAAAAUCUGAGACUGAAGCUUGGUUUUACAUUCUCUGCUGGCUUCAGUGUUUUCUGUAUAAACUAUUUUAGAGAGCUGAUUCUUACUGAAUCUAUUCUGAGAUCAGUUAAUUAUAUAUUGCAGACAUCUUGGCUGUUUGGCAAAGGCUUACUCCAUCUAUUUGCAUAUUAUUAGUAUUGAUUGAAAGACUUGCUCAUCAACUCAUUUGUGCCAAUAAGUACGAUUAAAAUUCUAUUUUAUUCCUGCAGUAAUUGCCACAGAUGUGUCCUUUGAGAGUCACAGUUGUUGCUAGUUGAAUAGCAUAAAGUCUCCUUGAUUUCACUAUUGAACACUGAAACUUUAAAUAAGCUAAAAUUCUAUUGUCUUCUUUUACAAAAAACUUUAUGAGCAUUUUUAUUUGAAGAACUGAUCCUACAUCAUCAUUUUGCUUUUUCUAAUAAAUAUCUGUACUUCCAAGUAUGUUUAUUUGGGAAACAAAUAACCUUAUAUGGGAAAAAUAAUCUUUUAUGGGAAGGAUUCCUAAGUUGGAUCAUAUGUUAAAGUAAACAUAAAAAGAAUUGGCUAGCAGUAGUCUUUCUCUAUUGUGAAAGUUCAGAAAUACCAUAUCACAUUUCCUCUAGAACCUUUUUAGAAUGUGGAAAGAGUUUGAAACUUGUUUGAGACCAUUCUUAGGACUUUUUCACUAGUGGUUGUAAGAGGUGAAAUAUUUUUAUGCAGAAGAAUAUUUAUUAAUGGCCCUUCAACUGAAGUAAUAGCAAAGUUAGUUAGAUUUCAUCUGCUAUUCUGGCUGGUGAUUAGAAACUUAUAAAAAUAAUACAUUUUAAUAAAAUGUUCAUUAUGUGA